AUGGACACUCGGGUGUCGGAAAAGAAGGUGGACGUGGAAAUGGACGAGCUGAAGAUCAAAGGUUCUGCCUCCGAAAAGCGAAGGGAGAAGGAGGAGACAGGAAUGGAAGUCAACCAGGGUGAAGAAGCCGACCGCGCGGAGUUGGAGAGGAGGGAGAGCGAGUUGAAGGAAAAGGCGCUGCGCAAUAAAGUCGUGAGGACUCGCAAGACCAGCGCCGCCCAUGCUCCCGUGCCAGGCAACUAA